CCUGCACUACAUCUCGCGAUAAUUAUAGAGUAUAAAUACAGCUGCUGUCACUUCACACGCAUCAUCAGUCAGCUCAUUGACGACUAAGAUACUUCUGAAUCAACCGGUGUUUUCAGCAGACAUGGCAGCAGCAGACGUUAUCCCAAAUCAGAAUGUGGUGGAGAGGGUGACCAGCCUUCCUUUGGUGAGCUCCACCUAUGGCUUGGUGUCCAGCGUGUACUCUAACACUAAGGGCACCCACCCUUACAUCAAGUCUGUGUGUGAGGCGGCAGAGCAAGGAGUCUGGACCAUCACCUCUGUGGCUCUCACCACUGCUUCACCCAUCAUUGACAAGCUGGAGCCUCAGAUUGCCAUCGCUAAUGACCUGGCUUGUAAAGGUUUGGACAAGAUUGAGAAAAACUUGCCCAUUCUUCACCAGCCCUCUGAGCAGAUUGUUUCCAGCGCCAAGGAUGUGGUAACCAACGCUAAAGACGUUGUGUCUGGUGCCAAGGGCACAGUGUCAGACACCCUGACCAGCAUGGUGGAAAAGACUCGGGGUGCGGUUCAGGAUGGGAUGGAGAAAACCAAAGCUGUGGUCACUGGGAGUGUCAGCACAGUACUGGAGAGCCGUGUGGCCCGGAUGGUGAGCAGUGGAGUGGACACGGCUCUUACCACGUCUGAGAGCCUGGUGGAGCAGUACCUGCCUCUGACGGAGGACGAGCUGGAGCUGGAGGCGAAAACCGUGCAAGGCUUUGACAAAAAGGAGCCGAGCUACUACGUACGCCUGGGCUCCCUCUCCGCCAAACUCCGAAAGCGGGCGUCCGCCAGGGCCUUGGCCAAAAUAAAAGAUGGCAAGCAGCGAAGCCUGGAAUUCAUUUCUGAGCUGAACUCCACUGUUGACCUGAUUGAAUAUGGCAGAAAGAAUAUUGACGGGGCUAACCAGAUGGUAAAUGACAAGCUGAAUUCUUUGGUGGCGUGGAGGUCCAAUGGUCCAAACCAAGAGAAUAGUCAUGAGGCAGAGGUAAUUGAGUCUCGCACAUUGGCCCUGGCACGUUCCCUCACUCAUCAGCUCCAGACCACCUGCCUAGUCCUUGUCUCCAGCAUGCAGGGCCUCCCCAACCACAUCCAGCAGGAGGUGAUCUCCGUCGGCCGCUCUGCCACACAGGUCUAUACCAGUUUCAGCAAGGCUAAAGUACUGGGAGACCUGCCAGACAGCGUGUUGACCAGCAGCAAAGUCCAGCUGGGCAAAAUGAAAGAUUCCCUGGACCACGUCAUGGAUUAUCUGGUCAAUAACACACCGCUCAACUGGCUGGUGGGUCCCUUCUACCCCCGGGUGAGUCCUGAGGAGACGCAAACCGCAUCCUGCUGCUCUCCCUCCACCCAGCCGUGCCAGGAGGUCCCCAAGGAGGUCGAGAUGGAGUCACUGGAUUCUCAACAGCAACAGUGAUCCAUCACAGCUUUGUGUUUUAAUCAAUAUAUUCUGUAGCAAUACUUAUGAAUGCUUUGUACUAAAAGAUUUAUGUUUUUUUAAACUAAUGUUGGACAUAUAAGAAUCUAAAAUUCUCAUAGUUCCAUGUGAAGAACGAUACUAUUUUGUACUUUUUAAAGUUUUUAUUUCUUGCUGCAAUCAUCUCUUAAGAUGUCAGAUUUGUUAAUUCUGUGCGCAGAUAGGAAAUCAACACAUUUACAUAUCAAUGUGGUGAAUAGAAUCCUGCUUUAAUCUCCACAUAAAAUGUGCUGGAACAAG